UCUGUCAGGGAGCCCACCAAGGCCAUCAGGUGGGGGCUGGCGUCCUGCCGAAUCUCAGCACCUGGUCCAGAGUAUAAAAAGUCAGGGCGUCGAGGGACAAUUCGCAGAGUACCUCAGCAACACUCGACAAGCAACAACCAUGCAGUCCCUGGUCGCCUUCUCCCUCCUCGUCGUCGCCGCCCUGGCUGACCCCCAGGUUACCCCCUUCGGGUAUGGUUACACCGCUGGAGUGUACCCGGGUGUGUAUGGAGCUUACCCCUAUGCGGGUGGCUAUGUUGCUGGCAGCAGCCCCUUCGUUGCUAAGAGCGUCUACUACCCAACCGUCGCUGUCCCCUCCCAGGACACCUCUCGUGGUCUUCCUCAGCCCGUUGAAGACACCGCUGAGGUCAAGGCUGCCAAGGCUAACUUUGCCGCCGAGUACUACCGUACCGCCGCCCGUGCUGCUGUCGCUUCCCCUGUGGUGACCUACCCCUACGCCGGAGCCGCCUACGUGAGCUCCCCCGUUGUGGGCACCCCUGUGGUCGCUGUCGAGAGCCGCCGUCACAAGCGUGAAGUGCAGACCCCUGCCUCCACCACCCCUCUGGUCUACGCUCGUGCCGCUCCCGCUGUUGUUGCCCCCUACACCGCUGCCGCCUACCCCUACACCGCCUCCUACGCCGCCCCCUACGCUGCCGCUCCCUACGUCUACGGAGGAGCCUACUACAACACCGCCGCCUACAGCUAUCCCUACGCUGGUGCCGCCGCUCCCGUGACCUAUGCCUACUAAGCGAGCUCUCUAUGACGACCGACUGAAUACGAAUGUAUGACUUAUCUCUAUGAGAUCCCCAGCUCCCAGGCCUUUGUUGAAAUUGUAGUCCUCCAAAUGAUUAAAUAAAGCAAAAUAUAGCCAAAA